CCAAUUUGCGGGUUCCUGAUAAACUGCCAUUUCAUCCACAUGAAGGUCGACUGGCUGAGCCCACUGAGGAAAAUGUCAAGGCUGCACAGGAUGGAAGCCUGAAAGUGAAUCUUCCAUGGCUACAUGAAAGGAUGGAUAGUGUAAAUGAAAAUCCUCAUCCUGUCACUGGAUCAUCUGACCAUUAUGUCCUGUAUGACAGAUUUCAUGAGGGAAAUACAAAAGAUCCCAAGGACAUAUUACGCAGAAUUCAACUUGUCCCAGAGCUGAAAGGCUGGCUGAACAGUCAAGUUGUUGAACAGUUCUUUGCAAACAUGAGGAAAAGCAAUUACUUUUUAAGUAACAUGAGUCCAUCCACACAUGUGUUUCUGAUGAGAAAUAUAACUCAUCAUUAUAACACUGUCACCAACAAGAAACUUCUGGAGAGGCAGCUAAGACAUGGUCGACUUGGAAAGAUCAAUAUCUCAUUGUUGGCACUGGGUCAAGCUGUCGUAGCCCCACAGGUGUGCAAUAAACCCAGAGAAACCACAGAAGCGGUGUUGAACCCAGCACCUUCAAUGUCUGGUGACACUGAACCUCAGGUAAGAGUUGACAACAAGAAAGCCAAUAGAAGGUCAACAGAUGCAACUUUUCCUGACCUGUGUGGACCACCGUGCGAAGCUCUGACAAAGCCUGAGAACAUUUUGGCCAGCCGUUCAUCCUGGUGUUUUGUACCGCACCCUGGCCAACAACAGCUUCUCAACUAUGUUCUGGACAUCAGCAGACCCAAAGAUGAGCUGAUUGUUGAAACAUCUUCUGGAUGCCUCACACGGGCAGAUUUUUGGACACUGGGUUUAAACAAACAAAUGGAAUCGACUAUUGGAAAUGGCUGUUUUGAGCUUAUCACUAAAAUUGUUCAGUCAAAGGGGAUAAGCAUUUACAUAGAAAAUCUGUAUGUCACCCGGACUUGGCUUGCACCCUAUGGCUGUGAUCCAUUGCAGUCCUUUCCUACUGAUGCUCAGAGGAUGGACAUCAUAGUUCUCCCUCUCUGGACACCUGGUCAUUUCCAGUUGUGUGUACUGAAGCCACCUAAAAGAGAAAUCCUCUUUCUUGACCCAUUAUACACAAAGGCAGGAUUUGGUGGCCAACAAUAUGUUUCACUUUUGAGGAAUCUUGCAGUGAAGCUCAUUCCCGGGCAGUGGUCAGAAAAAAAGAGCUUUGACUUGAAGGGUUUUUCCAAGCCAAGACUAUGGAGUUGACUGUGGGAUCUUCAUGCUGAUGUCUGCUCUGUACGUGGCACUGGAUGCACCAUUUGACUAUACUAUAUCAGACAUGCCCUACUUGCGUAAAUGGUGGUGCUUGCUGUUGAUGGAGAACUUUGAUCUCAGGAGCUCUGGCAAGCUAUUUGCACACUGGAGAGAGGAGGCCAAAGCUGUGCUUGAAGGACAACAGGUGCCCAUUUUCAGACUGAAAAAGCGCAAGUUCCAGGAAGUCAGUCAGGAGCCAGCAGUUGUUGAAGAUCUGCGUCCUGCUGUGCAGUGGGUUGUCCAAAAUAAGGCACUUUUCCGUGGACACGUAACAAUGCCAAAAUAUCUGUCCUUAAAUCAAGGGGACCAGCAGAGGGUCUUAAGAGACAUGUCAGAGGAAGAAGACACUGGAGCAAGGGACUUGUUCCUCUUUGUUUUCAGUUUGCAGAGGACAUGGAGCUCUUUUGAAAAGCAUGUGCUGAUGAGCAGGGACUAAGGGUCAGUGCUAUGUUUGACAUGUAAUGGACAAAUGAAGGCACUGGCUGUGUUUGUUUGUUUGUUUAAUAUGUCGUUGUUGUUUUUUGCUUUGUUUUUGCAUAGAACAAAAUUCCAAUUAAACUUAUUUGAUUCCAUGUCCAUACUUAUAAUAAAGGAUUACAGUGUAACAGCAUUAAAUGUAAA